AUGCUCUCUUCGUCUUUCAAGCGUUUGGCUGCACUUCUAAGCACCCUUGUUGUGAUCAACAGUGUCGCGGCAGCUCCGUCCGGGGCUCACGCUGAUACACACAAUCUCACUCGCCGCUUGGUUACCGGUGCUCCUCGUUUUGUUGCUUAUCAGGAUGCAUUUAUUUCCGGCGAGACUGGCCCUCCACCUACGGCUUCGAUCAACGGCUUCAACGUCUUUGCUAUGAGCUUCUUGCUCUCUUCCGGGGGCGCUGAUCAGGUCAAGGAGUGGGAGCUUCUCACUCCCGUCCAGCGUAGCACUAUCAGGUCGCAGUACAACGCGGCCGGUAUCGCUCUUGUUGCGUCUGCUUUUGGGAGCACAGAGCACCCGACUACUGGCGGUGAAUCUGCGACUUCCCUCGGUAAUAGCAUGGGCCAAUGGGUCUUGGACCACAACGUCGAUGGUCUCGACAUCGACUACGAAGAUCUCGAUGCCUUCAAUGGCGGUACAGGCAGCGCCGAGAACUGGCUGAUCACUUUCACCCAGACUGUCCGCUCUAAGCUCCCUCAAGGCAAAUACAUCGUCACCCAUGCGCCUUUGGCACCGUGGUUUGAGCCGAACAGGUGGGGUGGUGGAGGGUACCUAAAAAUCGACAAGAGCGUCGGCAACCUGAUAGAUUGGUACAACGUUCAGUUCUAUAACCAGGGUGCUUCUGAAUACACCACGUGCAAUGGUCUCUUGACCUCCUCUUCCUCAAGCUGGCCCCAGACUUCCGUCUUCCAGAUCGAGGCCAAUGGCGUCCCGUUGAACAAGCUUGUCAUUGGAAAGCCUGCCACCACUGCUGAUGCGACCAACGGACAAGGCUACAUCAAUCCUUCCACGCUCGCCACCUGUGUUGCUCAGGCGAAGAACUCUGGAUGGAAUGCCGGUGUUAGUGUGUGGCAAUACCCACACGCUGACGCGACCUGGAUCAAGACCGUCCGUGGCUCAGCGUUCCCCAUCAGCGGUGGAGGUGGCGGUGGCGGAGGAUCUCCCACCACCAGUUCGCCGACUACCAGUAGCACUGGAUCCAGUGGCCAUGGCUGCAGUGGGGUGUCCGCUUGGAGUUCCUCCCUUGCAUACCCCGGCGGUUCCAAGGUGACUUACAAUGGCCACCUCUGGACUGCGAAGUACUAUAGCGAGGCCGAUGUACCCGGCGGCGCUUCUGGUGACUGGACCGACAACGGUUCAUGCGCUUCCGCCGCUGCGACCGGCCUUACCUCAGUCGUUCUUCCCUCUCCCUCCGCCACUCUCACCGGUCCCGUCAAUCCUCCUUUCUCCUUCCUCCCCAACGCGGUUGCUGCUCUUUUCAUCGACAAGAACUCCGUUAGCCCCAUCACGUCCGCUACGGUAUCCGCUUCUACCACCGUCCCUGUUUGGAACGCCACCUCCAUUACGGCGACGGCGUCUGCUUCUGCUUCCACUACCGUCUCUGUUUGGAACACCACCUCCGUUUGGGCGACGGCCUCGGGCUCUGUGACGAUGAACACAGCGGUCCCCGUCACGACUGCUGCUUAG